ACGGUGAAUGCAUCACAAGUGUGAGUGAACCCGCUGACCAGCGUACCCGAAAGAGUAGUGGUGUGGGUGGUGGUGGUGGUUGUGGUGAUCAUGCAGGCAGUGGCGGUGCUGGUGGUGUGCUACUUCCAGAUGGUGACCUUGAGGCCUCUUUCCACAGACAACACGGACUGGCAGACGUCCCGCGCAGUGGCAGCAAUUCUGUCAACAAACCCGCCGUGUGAACACGCUACAUUGUUCCUCACAGACGGCAAGAAGGAGGCAGGGAUGGUGCAGGCUCCACGCGGGGUCACUUUCUUCCAGGCGGCAGCUGAAAACCUGAGUGUCCCGCGCAGCAAUGCAUCACACUCUUACCUGGCAAAAACAGUGGAUCAUGUACGCCAGGCAAGUCACUUUCCAUCAAAUUUAUUUGAAAAUUAGUUUCUUACAUCAACACAUCUCUGUAAAACAUUUAGAGCGUGUAAUUUCGAUAGGUGGGAGGGGCGUGGCACUGCCUGGUGGUGGUGGUGGUGAGUGAUGAUCCAGCUUUCCUCGUCGCCUUCGCCCACCUGUCACUCAGGCGUCACGCCCUCAGGUGGUCAACGAGGGUCCUUGUCCUCACACGUCUCCCUCUCAGCCACCUUGGCGGUCUGCACAGCCUUCUCUCCACCAGGAACGCCAUGCUG